AUGGGAGCACCACGCAAAGGCCGCAGUGCUGGCAAACAGGUUUCUGAUGGCGACAACAAUGUCAUUGAACCCUGGAGGCUUAGGUUUAAGAAUGAGUUUGAUGACGAUGAUGAAGACAUUAAAGUCUUCAUGAAGCAGGAGGACGAGGAUGUCGUGGCCAAUAACGGAGCUAUUAUACAGGCCAACAUUGAAGCUGGUGCAUAUGGAGGCAAUAAUAAUCCCAUCAUAAUUGGGGAUGACGACCUCUAUCCCAGAAACUCUAAUGGCGACAAUGGCAAUAACGGCCACGGUUUGGGGGCACAGGACCCACUACCGGCUGAUGAGGAACCAGUAGAUGAGAAACCAGUUGAUGAGGAACUAGUUGAUGAUGAACUAGUUGAUGAGGAACUGGUUGAUGAGGAGCUUGAGCGUAUCGUGAUGGCUAUUGACGGGCGACAUUGCGACAAAUAUAGAUGGUUCAUAGAACGCUAUAUACGUCAGAUCCACGAGCCUCAUGUCGUCCUAUCAAGGCAACUCUACUAUCGACGUGUCAUGGGCAAGCACAAGACAAUCCAGAUCCAAGCUAACCCCAACGGUAGGGAAAGAUGGGUUGUGAAAGGAAUGCGACCAAGUGCCUGCAAGCGACUUGACUAUGAGGCUACCCGAGCUCACUUCACGGCUCGUAAUACGGCUCGCUCGUUAGACUGGUCAGCCCAUAAAAAGCGGGUGCCUGCCGACCGACUCGAUGUUAUCCUUACGGAAGUAACUAAGGCCUACGACUGGCCCGAGAUAGUCACGGUUAAGAAUGUCGAUGAAAUUCUUACUAUAGAUGACAUUCGUGAUCUGGACGCCUACGACGGAGGUCAGGGCCUUACUAUUGGCGCCUUUCCUCCUCACAGCAGGAUCUCUGUUGAGUCGGAUUUAGAUGAUAUUUACGAUGCUGAGCCUGCAAUAAUUGGCAGCCGAGAGCCGCAAGUUUCUCAGCGCAGUGUCUCACAGCCGUCUGCAUCCCUUAGUUCCACUCUGUUCCCUGGAAACCCUCGUCCUUCAGCCUCAUUACCCGCCCGGCCCGAGAAAGGCUUAUCUAAAAGGGGUCAUCAGAAUGAUAAUCAGGAGGGGCAUGGUGAAAAGAGGCUGCGCCUAAAUAAUGAGGGUGAGGGUCACUUGCAAGAUCGCCGACACGAAGAUGAGAAAAGGGUGCGACUUGAGGCCCUACAUCAAGAAUUCAUGAAGAAAAUAGCAGACAUCUCCAACACCUAUCAUCGUCGGCGAUUAGAGAUUGAGACGGAAUACGAAACUGGAGAAUCUUAG